AUGUGGGUCAUGUUAGAGGCGAUAUUGAAAGCCAUUGCCGGUGGAGCUGGAGCAGCACACCCGGAAGACAAUUCGACAGGAGCUCGGCGAGAAAACUCAGAGUACAUUGCUAUCUACCCAGCAGUGACUCUAGACCUCUGCACACAGUCUGCGCCGUCCUGCAUCGACCACACUCUAACCGCUGUAGUUCAGGGGCAGAGUUCGCCCUCCGUGUAG